UUCAGUUUAAUUCAGGAACAUUUUUCGAUGCAGAAACAUAUUCUGCUAAGGCACUAGCUCAACUAAACUGAAGACCUGACAGGAAUAUAUCGGACACAACUAUAGUCGAUGCAUAAAAAGCUUACACCCAUUUGUAACGAUGUCGCUAGAAAAACGUCAGGAGGAACUGUACGUCGGAGAGAUCAAGGGCGGGUUAAGACCAACAAUGAGACUAGUGGUCAUGGGUAUUUUUAAGGAACAGCCCAAGAGGAUGGUGGUGUCCUUGGCCAACCAUCCUGAUGCAGACGAUGCACAGAGUGACGUUGGGCUCCAGGUCACUGUCAGUUUCGCAGACCGAGCUGUUGUACGGAAUGCCCGUCUGUCUGGGCAGUGGGGCAUCUCUGAAAAUGCACUGUCCUACUUCCCUUUUGCUGCUGGAGAACCUUUCAAGAUGGAGAUCGUCUGUGAACACCAGCAGUUUCGUAUCUUAGUGGAUGGCCAGCCGCUUUGUGGCUUUUCUCACCGGCUGCUCCAGCUUGCGUCUCUCACUGCACUGCGUGUCUGUGGGGACCUGCAGCUGACCAAGGUGGCAUGAGUAUCACAGUGUAAAACAGCAGUAGCGUGGUAAAGGGCUGAGGAUUUAGACAAGUUGUUUGUCUCAAAAGACAUUUUUCAUGUUCCUGAUUCUGAAAAUCUGGAUCUUUUUUACUGAGUUCCAGCAAGCUGACAACUUUUUUGCCUUGAUAUAGGUACUGCAGAUGUUUGAUCUUACAAUGUAAAGUGCCUUCCUUCAAGUUGUGUUGUCUGAGAUUGAAAGGAUUCCAUACCACUUGUGUUUAAAAUAGCAUCUUUUCCAACAUGGUUGCCUCAAAGCACUUAGUAGACAUUCAAACGAGUAUCAGUUACUGACGCACCACAGUUUACGGGAAACAAUGGUGUCAGUGAAUAGUGAUAAAAAGCUGAAGGACACAAGGGGACAGGAAACAAAACUCCUUAGUUAAAUAUAGGAGGGAAAAAAACUUGGGGGGGUCCAAGGUCAACUGACUGCUGAACCCUGCAGGCACACUGACAAUACACAGCUACUGGCUACAAAGCUAUGAAGAACAAAGGGAAUUUCAAACCAGAGUCACGGCUUUGUCUAGUUAUACAAAAUGUUGGUUAGUGACACCCACUGAUUUCCAUGCAAUCAGCAAAGAACACAUUUAUAGGCUUGUUAUAUUGUUGACAGAUUUAAUGCGUAGUUUUGGGUAUGAUUUAUGUAAUAUCUGUACCUUCGGCUUCCAGUAAACAUACCCAAAUAAGAAGGUCCAACUCUGUCAUACCUUGUACAUUAGCCGUUCAUCAACGUUGUUGUUUUUUUUUUUGUUACUUGAGUAAAUGGAUUUGGAUUAUUACACAGGUGUAUUUUUUUUUUUUGUUUUGUAAGGAGUGUUUGUCAGGUGUUGGUACUUUGGCCUUGGAUCUUAAUGGCAGCGUUAAAUAAAACUGCCGCUUCAGCACCUCUGCAAGAUUUCCCAGGUGUCUGGAGGUUGCCAGUCGCUAUUAGUAAAAUAUGCACCAUGUUUACAACUGGCUGACUGCAUGAAGAAUUUGGCCCACAGGGGAAAAAAAAAUUACAAUCCAGUUACAAUGAGAAUGCACUGAAAGUGUUUCGAGUUAUCAUUCAUGUUUUCUGCCGUGUGUGUGGACAUUCGGGCUUAAAAAUGAAAGAUAAACAGGCGAUACUUUCUAGAAGUACUUUUGAAAAUAGAACUGCUCAAUUUUCUUAAUAAAUUUAUUUUGCCCUUUUUAAAUAGCCUUAGAAUGUGAAGUUUGAUACUGAAGUGUAAGAUUACACAUCAAUCAGAGCUAAUAAGUGAGAAAUGUGCUCAAAGUAAUGGCAAUAAUAAUAUCAUAAAGUUUACUGGGAUUUCUUAAUUACUACCAUUGUGUGUUUUACAUAUUGUAAUACAUUUGCAAACCUCUAAAAAUCAUUUGCUAUUUUGCCGUCAACAGUGAAGGUGGUGAUUUAUUAUAGAACGUUAGUCUUUGUUUCCCGAUGCCUUCGACCACCAAUCGCAUUUCAAAUGAAGACACAGGUGCAAUUUUUUAAAUUCUUACUUUCGUACAGCUUUUAUGCUCUUAGUACUCUUGGCAAAACUGUACCCAACUGAUGUUCAGAAACGUUGCUGAUUCCAUU